CUCGUAAUUAUUCACUUUUUGGGUCUGCAAUUCUUCCAUUACAUCUCCUCACCCUCUGUCCCCUUGUUUCUCUCUCUUUCGACCUACAGAUUUGGUGUAAUUCUUUGGGUGCGUUAGAUUUCUUGAUUUUUUUUGUUUCUUUGCUUUGCCCCGGCGGAGCAGUUUCUUGAUUUUCAUUUCCAUUUGAUAAAAGAUAAAGAAAAAAAGAGAUCAGAUUUGUGUUGUAGAAUCAUUAGAUCAGGGGGGGAAAAUGGUUGAAACGCGGCGGAGCUCGUCUUCCUCCUCCAAGCGCCCUCUCUCUUCGCCUUCGUCUUCUCCGCCUAAUGGAAAACGAUCCAAAGCGGUGGAGCCGUCUUGUCCAUCGACGAGCCGUUCGUCGCCAUCGGGGGAAGUCGUGGGCGCGGCCGUGGAGAAACAGUUGGAGCACGGAUCCGCUGAUCUGGUUGACUCCGCCGCCGUGAAUCAGUCAGAUUAUGCGGCGGCUGAGGGGGCCCUGGGAGCGGCCAUGGAAGGCGUUUCGGUAAUUGAUGGAGAGACCGGAAAGUCGAAUGGGACUUCAGUGAAUAGGGGGAAGAAGCGGCAACCGAAAUCUAGCGGUGGAGUUGCAUGGGGGAAGCUCCUUUCACAGAGUUCACAGGAUCCACAUGUGACCAUAGAGAGUCCUACUUUCACUAUCGGUCAUGGUCACCAAUAUGAUCUAUGUCUAGACGAUCCAAGUGGCAGUAAAUCCUUGUGCAAUCUGAAGCGCAUGGAGCCUGAGGGAGGUGAACCUGUUACUUUGCUUGAAAUCACUGGGAAGAAAGGAGCCGUACAGGUUAAUGGGAAGGUUUAUUCCAAAGAUACCACUGUUCCUCUAAAUGGAGGGGAUGAGGUUGUUUUCAGCUCAACUGGUAGACAUGCUUAUAUUUUUCAACAUCUGAUCAGCAGUGGCGAAUCUUCAACGGGCGUCUCUCCCUCAGUUGGCCUAUUAGAGGAUCAUGAUGGUUCCAUAAAAGGAUUCAACAUUGAGGCUAGAUCUGGGGAUCCUUCUACCGUGGCUGUUGCCUCAACAUUGGCAUCACUAUCAAAUCUCAGUAACCAAUUAUCUCUUCUUCCUCCAUCAGCUCGCAAUGGCAAAGAAAUACAACAAGGUUCUGAAAUACCAUCUGUUGCUUCUGCAUGUGAAGUUCCUGAUACUUGUGUUGUUGAUACUGAAAUGAAAAAUGCUUCUACCCAUAAUGAUCAUGCUUCUGCAUCAGUUAUAGAGAAUACUGGCGCACCUCCUGCUGAUACUGCCAAUGAUAAUUUGAAUAUCAAUGCUGAUAGUGGUGGAAAGAUGGCAGGGGAAAAUGAUAGUUUGAGACCAGUCAUACAUUAUCUUUCCAGUCCAACAGAUCAAGUAUUUGAUAUGACCGACAACUUAUCAAGACCUCUUGAAGAGCACAGGGUACCAAGAGAUCAUUGCAAGGGUUCUGAUCCUAUGCUUACAAGUCCAUCAAGACCUACCGCAUACUCACCAAGACAUCAAGGCUUCAAAGAUUGUUUGCAGCAAGGGCUAAUUGAUUGCGAUGCCAUUGAUGUUUCAUUUGAUAAUUUCCCAUAUUAUUUGAGUGAGACAACCAAGAAUGUUCUCGUUGCUUCGACAUACAUAAACCUAAAGUGCACAAAAUUUACAAGGUUUACUUCAGAUCUGCCUACAGUGUGCCCUAGAAUUUUAUUAUCAGGUCCAUCAGGUUCUGAUAUAUAUCAAGAAAAAUUGACCAAGGCCCUUGCCAAGUAUUAUAGAGCUAGGCUCCUUGUAGUUGAUAAUAUUCUUCUACCUGGUGCCUCGGUGCCAAAAGAAGCUGAAUCUUUGAAAGAUAGCUCAAGGAUUGAGAAAGCUAGUAUUUUUGCGAAACGAACUACUACUACUCUACAAAUUAAAAAACCAGCAUCAAGUGUGGAGGCUGAUAUUACAGGUGGUUCAGCUAUAAGCUCUCAGGCUCAGCCCAAGCAGGAAGCAUCUACUGCAUCAUCUAAAAACUACACUUUUCGCAAAGGAGAUAGAGUAAGAUUUGUGGGUUCUGUGCAAUCUGGACUUCCACCUACUCAAACUCCAAUCAGAGGAGGUCCCCAUUAUGGUUGCAGAGGAAGAGUGCUGCUUUCUCUGGAAGAAAAUGGUGCCCCCAAAGUUGGGGUCAGAUUUGAUAAAGCAAUUAGUAACGGUACUGACCUAGAGGGACGCUGUGAGGCAGAUCAUGGUUUCAUGUGUUCUGCCGAAUAUUUUCGUCUUGAUGCCGCAUUUGGUGAUGACUUUGAUAGAUUUGUAAUUAAUGAAAUCUUUGAGGUUGCUUCCAUCGCAAGUAAAAAGGGUCCAUUAAUUUUGUUUGUGAAAGAUGUUGAGAAAUCCUUGCUGGGAAAUUCUGAGGCCUAUGCGUGUUUUAAAGUUAAGCUUGAAAGUCUUCCUGAUAAUGUUGUUGUAAUAGCUUCACAUACCCAGACAGACAACAGAAAAGAGAAAUCUCAUCCUGGUGGGGUACUCUUCACAAAAUUUGGAUCCAACCAAACAGCAUUACUUGACCUUUCCUUUCCGGAUAAUUUUGGUAGGCUGCAUGAUAGAAGUAAGGAAAUGCCAAAAACAAUGAAGCAGCUCAGUCGUCUUUUCCCAAACAAAGUGACCAUACAGCUUCCUCAGGAUGAAAUUUUGAUAUCGGACUGGAAGCAACAGCUAGAACGAGACGUUGAAACUAUGAGAGCACAAGCCAAUGUUGCCAGCAUUCGAACAGUUCUAAAUCGGGCCAGCCUUGAUUGUCCCGACUUGGAAUCAUUAUGUUUUAAAGACCAAGCUUUGACUAGUGAAAGUGUCGAAAAGGUGAUUGGUUGGGCUUUAAGUCACCACAUUAUGCAUUUCUCUGAGCCUUCACUCCAAGUGCCUAAAUUUGUAAUUUCAAGUGAGAGUAUUAAAUAUGGACUUGAUAUUCUUAUGGGCCUUCAAAACGAAAACAAGAGUACAAAGAAAUCUCUGAAGGAUGUGGUUACUGAGAAUGAAUUUGAGAAAAAGCUCCUUGGUGAGGUUAUACCACCUGGUGAUAUUGGAGUUACGUUUGAUGACAUUGGAGCGUUGGACAAUGUGAAGGAGACUUUAAAAGAAUUGGUAAUGCUACCUCUGCAGCGUCCCGAGUUAUUCAGCAAAGGUCAACUUACGAAGCCAUGUAAGGGAAUAUUGCUCUUUGGCCCCCCUGGUACUGGCAAAACAAUGCUUGCAAAAGCUGUUGCGACUGAAGCUGGAGCAAAUUUUAUUAAUAUAUCAAUGUCGAGCAUAACGUCAAAGUGGUUUGGUGAAGGAGAGAAAUAUGUCAAAGCUGUCUUCACUUUGGCUAGCAAGAUUUCACCUAGCGUUAUUUUUGUUGAUGAGGUUGACAGCAUGUUAGGGCGGCGUGAAAACCCAGGUGAACAUGAAGCCAUGCGGAAAAUGAAGAAUGAAUUUAUGGUGAACUGGGAUGGUUUGCGAACAAAGGAUAAGGAAAGGGUGUUAGUUCUCGCGGCAACAAAUAGGCCUUUUGAUCUUGACGAGGCUGUAAUCAGGAGGCUUCCAAGAAGGUUGAUGGUCAGUUUGCCAGAUGCUCAGAAUAGGGAGAAAAUAUUGAAAGUCAUAUUGGCCAAGGAAGAGUUGUCCCCUAAUACCGACCUUGGGGCGGUUGCCAAAAUGACCGAGGGAUAUUCAGGAAGUGACCUAAAGAACCUGUGUGUGUCGGCUGCGCAUUGCCCAAUAAGAGAAAUAUUGGAUAAGGAAAAGAAGGACAAAGCCAUGGCAACGGAGGAGCAAAAACCAUUACCUGCAUUGCACAGCGGCACUGAUGUCCGUCCCCUGGUCAUGGACGACUUCAAAUACGCACACCAACAGGUGUGUGCGAGUGUUUCAUCCGAAUCGCAGAACAUGAAUGAGCUUCAACAAUGGAAUGAACUGUAUGGGGAGGGUGGUUCCAGAAAGAAAGAAUCCCUCAGCUACUUCAUGUAGAGUUGGGGGCGAGAGAGAGUUCGUAUAUGCUGCUGGGAGCUGUAUAGUGAUAGACUUUGUAGGCUAUUUUUUCUCUUUUUUUGGUACCUACCCUCCCCCUGCCCUAUACACUAUCAUUAUUGUUACCUGAAAUGGUGUAGGAAUCCAAUUUCAGGCCCUGAUGAGUUCAAUAAAUCUUCUUCCCCGACUGCUGUAUAUACCAUACAUACAUAGUUAUACCAUGUCUACUAGAAGUAUGAUGAUUGGCAAGUCUUGGUUGCAUUU